AUGCCCAUCCCUCUAAUCGGCGGUCUCUUCAGCUCCAAGGCCAGCGACUCCAGCAAGAUGUCCUAUCCCGUCCAGAAGACCGACGACGAGUGGCGCGCCGUGCUGAACAAAGAGCAAUUCCGGAUCCUCCGCCAGAAGGGCACCGAGACCCCCGGGUCCGGCAAGUUCGACAAGCACGCCCCCUCGGCGGGCGUGUACACGUGCGCGGGCUGCGACGCGCCCCUGUACAAGGCGUCGCACAAGUUCAACAGCGGCUGCGGAUGGCCCGCCUACUUCGACAGCGUCCCGGGGGCCGUCAAGCGCUUCGAGGACAACAGCGGGUUCAUGAAGCGCAUCGAGAUCGUCUGCUCCAACUGCGGCGGCCACCUCGGCCACGUCUUCCAGGGCGAGGGCUUCCCCACCCCGACCGACGAGCGCCACUGCGUCAACAGCGUCAGCCUGAACUUUAGCCCGGACGACGCCCCUGUGCAGAAGGCUGCUGGCGGUGAGGGCAAGGAGUAG